AUGCCCUCUAAAAUUAUUCGUGUUGCGUUGGUUGGGCUAUCAGCCAACGCAACCACAUCGUGGGCCGCAGCAGCUCAUCUGCCAUACCUCCAAUCCGCUCAAGGCCAGACUCAAUAUAAAAUUGUCGCUCUUCUCAACUCUAGCAAAGAGGCAGCCGAAACGGCUCGAUCUCACUUCAAUCUCCCCUCGACAGUCAAGGCAUAUGGUGAUCCCGCCCAGCUUGCCGCAGAUGAUGAAGUCGAUCUAGUUUCAGUUGUUACUCGGGUCGAUAAGCACUAUUCCGCUGCCGAGCCAUCUAUUAGGGCGGGAAAGUCUGUGUACGUGGAAUGGCCACUUACUGAGAGCUUGAAGCGCAGCGUCGCUUUGGUGGGUGAGAACAAGGGCCGCGACACGAGCAUCAUCGGCCUGCAAGGGAGACUCUCGCCAGUAGCAUCCAAGGUCAAGGAAGUUUUGGCUUCCGGUAGACUUGGAAAAGUCCUUGAUAGCCAAGUUCGUGGUACGGAGGACAUGUUUACGCAACGAGCGAUUGGAGGCAACCACUUUUCCAUUUUGUACGCUCACAUGAUUGACCUUGUGCACUCUGUACUGGGGGAGUUCAAAGAUUUCCAGAGCAAGCUCCAAAUCCGAUGGCCAGAAGUCGAAAUAGUCGAUAAAGAUGGCGUGAAAGUACGCACACGACAAAGUGAUAUCCCGGAUCUGAUCACCGCCCAAGGAGAACUUGCCCCUGGAAUUGCAAACAUACAGGAGGGUGCAACUUUGUCCGCGUUCUUCAGAAGCGGACCGACAUUUAAGGGCGAAUUACCAUACACAUGGUACAUCCAAGGCGAAAAGGGAGAGUUGAAGAUCACCAGCCCAAUCGGACCAAUUCUCCAAGCUGCCACUGUUCCCGCAGUCAAGAUUGAGCUUCACGACGCCAUUACGGACGAGGUGAUAGAAAUCCCAUGGGAGUCUGAGUGGAAGGACUUUCAGAAAGAAUUGCAGGUGCCAGGAGGGAAACUGGUGGGAGAGAUGUACAACAGAUAUGCCCAGUGGUACCAGCAGAGCGACAAGGCGGCGGCUCCGGUGGGAGGAGACUGGCCGAGGCUGGAGGAUGCCAUUCGCAGACAUGAAGAGCUUGAUAAGAUGUUGAGUGAUUUUGACAAGUCGAAAUAG